GCAACAAUGCUCAUAGUGGCUGGCCUGUGCCCCCAGGGGCCCUCUGGACCCCCACCACCCCUGCUGCCCAAGCCAGGGAAGGACAACGUGCGUCUGCAGAAACUUCUGAGGAAGGCCGCCCGGAAGAAGAUGACAGGGCCCCCUGUGCCACUGGGGGCUUUCCGCACUUCCUUGUCCCCCGUGAGCGAGGCCAGCCAGGACCAGGAGCCCACGGCCCCGUGCCCGGCGGAGGCCCCGCGUCCCGCGGAGACCCCGCGCCCCGCAGAGGCCCCGUGUCCCUCGGAGGCCCUACGCCCCACGGAGGUCCCGUGUCCCUCGGAGGCCCCAGACCCCACAGAGGCCCCGUGUCCCUCGGAGGCCCCGUGCCCUGUGGCCGCCCUGCCCCGCUCCCCCUGCAGCUCCAUCAUCCACCAUGUGGCGUCACCCCUGCAGAAGUCCAUAUUCCCCUUCAGCUUCACCCAGAGCAGGAGCCUGGCCGCUCACUUCAAGGCCACAGGGCCUCGGCUCACGACCCCGGCCCCAGACCCUGCCCGGUCCCCCGGUGGCUUCACACAGGUCUCAGCCCCCACAGCAGGGGUCACCCACGUCAGCCAGGUGCACAUCCGGCUAGUGCCAUCCCCACAGGCCAGGGCCCUUGAGCCCCGCCAGAUGGCCCCAGAUGGGGGACCUGGGGGGCAGGACCGAGACACAGCCCCGUGCCCUCCUGGGGCCCAGCCCCUGGUCCCCAUGGCCCACAUCCACUCGCUGCCCACUGAGGCCCCGGCUGCCAGUCCCUGGCCUGAGGCACCCCCUGUGCCCAGGCCACUCCCAGGCUCUGAGGUCUCGGUGCCCAGAGAGGCCAGCACUCAGGUUGUGGUGCCCAUCGCCCCUGCCUACCGCUCACCGGCACCCUCGCCUCACAGGCCAGCCUCUGAGGGCCCUGAAGCUGAGCACCUGGAGGAGCCCCUUGUGUCUGGCCCUGCCACUGAGGCUGAGCUGGUCUCCAGACCCUGUGGAGCCUCAUCCCCUGCCCCACUCUCAGGCCCGCACCCAUGUCCUGUCCCCAGAGUUGCACCCAAGCCCCAGCUCAGUGGCUGGACGCGCCUCAAGAAGCAGCUGAUGGAGGAGGCAGAAGCGUCCCCAUUCCCGGGGCCAGAGCAGAGCCCAGAGUGUGGGGAGCAGGAGGUGACAUCCCCCGUGGACCCAGUGUCCCGGCCCCCAGCCUCCAGGGCCUCCAGGAUGUGGAACGCGGUGCUGUAUCGCGUGUCGGUGGCCAAGUCCCAAAGCGGCCGGGUCGGGCCCAGGGACGGGGCUUGUACCCUGGCUGACCUGGGCCGUUUGCCCUUCCUGUGCAGGCCACGAUUCAACGCUCGGAAGCUGCAGGAGGCAGCCACCCGGCCCCCUCCCAGAGUCCACUCCUCCAUCCUGGACCUGAACCCCAAGCCCAAGAACUUUAACCGGACGGCGGCCGGCUGGAGGCUCCAGUGAAUGGCCCGGGCAGCACCAGGGCCCAGGACCAUGGUGUGGACAGAAGAGGGACAGGGGGUCCAUCUGGGAGGCCACGGCCGCUGAAGAGGACACCAGGGCCAGACGGAUGCUGGGCAGCCAGGAGGGGGCAUGUCGGGUGGGCGGCAGCAUGAAGAACUGCGGUGGAUCAGGGAAGAGGCCGGGGGCAGGUGGGGCGGGGGAGGAGGCCAGAUUCCAGAAGAGGGGCCUGCAUUGGGGUAGAAUGUGGGGGUCGACGGGGGAAAGGAUUGCGUGAGAAGGGAAGCACACACCACAGCUAUGGAGGGGGGUAGAUGAGUCCACCUCGCACAGGCCGGCCCUCGGCUUGGGACCCGGGGCAAAGAGGUGCAGGGGUACACCCGGGGCUCCUGAGGGGCUGCAGGCAGGCAGGGAGGGCCUCUGAGCAUGACAUGAACUCUGAGGCUCGACAGGGUGGGGAGGAUGCGGGGGCUAGGCUCUGCGGUGCCCCCCCGGCCCCCGCCCACCAUGAAAGACGGGACAGAUUUAUGUUUGCUGUGCAGAGUGGAACCGGUCAGGGUGAUUCAGUUGUCGGUCAGCACCCAUAGCUGCAUCAGUGGUUUGACUGACAUUUUGGGGAGCCGGACCCCAUGCCCUGUCCCUUUUGCUGCCCACCUCAGUUUCUCUCACCUAGGGGGCAAAGCAUGAUGGGGGCUCGCUGCUAGGAGAUAGGGGGAGGGUCUCACCAUCAGUCAGGACCCAGCUUCAAUGGCUAGGUGAGGAGGUUGUCCUCAGUCCUGGGGCAGGAGAGGAGCCCAAUGGAGGGAUUGAGGCAGUGAAGGGGACCCCAGGCCUCACGCAGCUUUGGGGCCCCCAGUCUGCAGUCAGCUGGGGUCUGACUCAGGGUGUGGGCCAGGGCUCUGAUGGGGUCAGCAGCGAUGGGAUCAGCAGCGAUGGGAGAGGGACACAGCGGUGCCUGGGAGCAGGACACAGGAGGGGAAGAAGAGGCCAGUAGGCAGCCAGCUGCAUCACCCAAGGCGUAAUGGGUGCUGGAAAUGGAUCCCGGGACCCAGGCCACUAAUAAAGUGUGUCUAACUGUGA